AACACAUAACCUCAAAUUUUUUGUAAUUUACAAAAUAGUAAAAAUGAAUGAGGAAAUUGACGAAACAGAGUUUUACCAUCAAGAUUUUACAACUGCCUCAGAAUGGGAAAUAUUCUGCGCACGCUUAGAGGAGAUAAUACAUCAAUGGAAAGUGGACGAUCUUAAAACCGAAGAGGUGAAUGUUACCUCAACACAAGGCUCGUGGAAUGUUAAAGAAGAGAGGUUACAAUUUGCAGAUGUUGAGUUCGUGUUGUGCUACUUUAGAAACACAUCUGCUUCGGAGCAACGGAAAUGUGGUGACGAGGAUGAAGAAACAAAGAAAUACAAGCACCCAAUGGACACUGCACACGAUUUUGUGAUGCAAGAUGAAAGCACUGCACGAGUUGACUGUCCUUUAGCUGUAUGGUACGGACUUGAUCAGUUUAUUACAUUGAAUUUUGGGCCAUCUACUAGCAGCAUUACUUCCGAGAGCCAGAUAAAGUUGCUGUUGAGCUCGGUGCAAAUUGCAAUCAGUAACACUAACUGUAGCAACCCGAUCUUUGUACAAAUUCGUGAGCAAUGGCAGAACUGUUAUCUAGGAGUCUACGAGGACGAACAAGUACGUACCAACUUCGAAAUGAUCCACUUGCGAAAGGGUCCUCAGCAUUGCCAGUAUCUGACGGGUUUACUCGAUCUAUUCAAGACUAAGAUUAUGUCGCCGAUUAAUCUGGACCCUAUCAAUGUAUCUGUACAGUUAACCUACCGUUUAAACGAAUUCGGGAAGUUUACUUGGAAGCAAGACCUACCCGACCUCGACGUUGAUCACUUAGAUAUCGAAACGUCUGUAUUUCUGCUACCUUUUGGUGUCGCCCAAGAUCCCAUUUCGGAAAUUGUGUUAAAAACCACUUGGUCGCACUUACCCGAUCAUCUCAUUGUCGACUCGGAGAACUAUUCUGAUUUUGACCCCAUGCAAGCGCCUAAGUGGUCCAUGUGUAGUAAAAUGAACGAUCAGUCCCUUUGUCUUUUAUCGGAAGUUUUAAGUGAUGCCUUGAACGCGAUCACCUUGAGGUCGACCAUUUAUGACAUUCUAGGUGAUUUUGUGUCAACUUCCGAUUACAGCAUUGACAAUCCACUGGACCUGUUGACCGAACCUAAAUUACCAACACUUUCAACAGUAUUAAAGCGUGCCGCUAGAAACUCACUCAGUCGAAGUACAAGAAGUACGGCUCCACUUGCCGAAGAAGUGCUGGUGCCCAUUCUGUACUUCUUAUUCCCUGAUGCAGAUGAAGAGACUGCCUACCCUUACAGUUUUGGCAAGGAGAAAGGCAACGAGGACAAUAUGGGCUCUUCUGAGACUCCUAGACUCAUUGAUAACGAGUGUCGUGGAUUCAAAACAUGUAAGGAGAAUAGCUUACCCUAUAGACUGGCGGUUGUUUUCAUGCAGGCGUUGGUAAUGUUAGGAGGACCUAGAUCUGCUGCUCACUUGUGGUUUGAAUUCGUUCAGGAAAUGAGAUUUCGUUGGGAGAAGAGUGUUCCGAUACCAGGGUAA